GGUCCUAUCAGUGACUUUUCUACCUGAUCACUGGGAGAAAGUUCUGGGCUCUUUCCUUUUUGGGGGACAGAGGAAGGUUCUGUCACUCUGUCCAUAGGGGGCACAUUCCUACAGGAGGCCUGUAUCUUUUCCAUCUAGAUGGUGACGGGAAGCGAGAGACCCCUCUCAAGCUCCGCUGAUUCCCAGGUGCCAGGGAAGGCACAGCGCAAAACAAAAGACAGCUGUAGGGAUCCUGGGAUGACUUUAUUUGAUGUUACACCUUCCCCUUCAGCGCUCCAGGAGCCUGAGCUUGGGGCAGACAAAGCUUAUAAACAAGGGGAGGGCUGAGGGGAGGAUACAAUAUUCAACUGAUCAGGAGAACUAGAGAUAAAAUACAAGGUGGGCAUUCAAAUAUCAACCAAAGAAUCCCAAGGGAAAAGAACAGUUUUAGUGAACUAAUAAAGUUUAAAGAAGUACAAAACUGACAGAGAAGUUUCUCGAGAGAAGGCAGGUUUUAGGGAGAGAUUGGCAUUUCAUGAAAGGAGGAGUAAAGAAAGUUCUGGGAAAAGAGGCAGAGACCAAAAGACAGCCCAAGAACAUUACAAAUCAAACAAUAAUUAUACUAAUAAAACAAAACACACCACAACAGAGGCCUUUUUCCAAGGGAAAAAGAAGUCAUUUCCCCAGUGUGUGGGUAUCAAAUGAAAGGUGUGGCUUUUGGGGCUCAAAGGCCUUGUAGGGUCCUAGUUGUUGGUAGCUGCACUUUUGGAGAAAUGCAGCAAAGUUUGCAAAUUUCUAGUUUGGCACGCCACGGUCGGCCAAGGCGAUUUAUUCCACGUGCCUUUUCUGAAGGAGAUUAAUAACCCAUAAGCACAACAUGGAAAAGGGAUACGAUGAAAGGUUAAGCAACACUGUUGAUUGCAAAAAGCUAACCUGCUUCACACAAAUAUGGCAGAUCAAUUACUAUUUUUCCUCAAACGUUGCUAGUCAGAGCUUUCCUUGAAAAGUUUAAAUGACAAUCAUGACAGUAAUAUUCUGACCAAGUAUGAACUAAGUACCUUAAGCAAAGAGUAACUCAAGCAUGACUUGUAUUUUAUGUAAAAAAACUGUCUCUUAACCUGCAUGUAUCACAUCUGCUCCAUUAAAAAGAUUACUCUGUCUCAGGUUCCUUUUCAGGGAUACCAACUCAGGCUGUGAAACUGCAUGAAAAUGAUGAUUUAAAGAAUGAUAUAUUUGCAGAAUGGAAUAAGGAUUGAUUUUCUUUUCUUUUCAACUGCUUUGUUUACCCUUUUAAUUUUUUUAAGUCCUUUCUGUUAUCACCAUGGUAACACUGAAGCAAGUGUUCAGUUCUAAGCUGUCCAUAUUGCCUGUUUCUGGGGUACCUUCAGAAAGCUUCCUACCAGUUUCAGAUAGAGAUCACAAGCAGUAGAGAUGACAAAGACUGCAGAGACCUUCUCAUCUCCUUCUAGAGCAGGACUAUGUCUUUGACCCACUCUUAACUAGACAACUUUUAUCAGUCAUGAGGGAGUCUCAUGUUCAACAGCUAAGCAAUGACAGCUGAAAAUGACAAAAAGUAAUUGAAAUUGAAACUGUUGAAUUUGAAGUUGUUGAAUUGAAUUACAUUGAAAUUCUCUUUGGACUCCUGCGCAGAACAAUGGAGGAACUUGAAUUCACCUUAUUAAGAACUUUUAAAAUGCACAUUAACAUGGAGCUAAGCCAUUGUAACCUGUGCUAUGUCUGCAUAGACAGAGUUUCCAUCACUGUAGAAGGAAUGUCAUUUAAACCAUGUUUUCAUCACUAGUUGCUAAGCUGCACUUACUGCAGAGCAUCAGUAACGUAUUUUCCAUGGUGGGCUUUUAUGCCUAAACCCAGAGUUACAUUUCAGAGAGAAGUCUUUUGUGAGGGGGAAAACCACCAACUCUUAAAUAUUUCAAAUGAUGGUUGCAUUUAAAAGUAAAACAAUAUCUAAACCCUUUCAUUUCUAGACAUUUACCAGCACAAACUGUACCAGAAUUUAUGAUGCUUUUGAUUAUGACAACAUAACUCUACCAUGGAGGCUCUUGCUCUGGAAUAUUCCUUAAGAAACAAAGCCUUCGCUAGGAAAAAAAAAAAAAAAGUCAGAAUAUUUGGCUUGAUUUCAAAGGCGAUGUACUAAAAGCCAAACACAUAAUAAUAAUUAGUGGACUAAAAGUUAAAUCAGUGCAGCAUAACAUAGGUCAAAGAUAUCUUGUGUCCUAAUGUUCUCACGGAGGACUGUAAAAAACCUCUAUUUUUGUGGGUUUGUUUUAUCCCUUUAGAUGUACUUUUCACCUAUUCUCACAGUAUGAGAAUGUUUAUGACAAUGUUCAUGUUGGAUGACCUCAUAACACUGUCUGUAAGUAAAGAAAGAGAAACCAGUAAAGGAAGCCAAAAUUGUUAAUUGCAGAUGGAAAGAGAAAGGCAGACAAAACAAAACAAAACAAAACAAAACAAAAAAAAAACAACAACAAAAAAAAAAAACAAAACAAAACAAAAAAAAUUAAAACCCCCAAUGUUUUCUGUGAAAAGUAAAGGCACAGACAAGAAAGAACAACUGAAAAAAUCUGGCUAGAAAAGUGUGAUUUAUCUGGCUCAAGUAUUUUGUUGUGCAUUUCUUGCUGUUUUCUCAUGCCAAAGAUCUCAACCAUUGAACCCUUUUCUCUUUUUGUACUACAGCUAGAAAGAUUACUGUGUCAUUGCUCAACCAUUGAAAGUGUCCCUUUUCUCUUUCUAUACUACAGCUAGAAAGAUCACUGAGUCAUUGCUGACAAGCUGCUGUUCUCAGAGGUACCCAGCUGAAAAUCCUAUAUCAACUGAUUUAAUAUGGCAUGACUUCAACUGCUUACAGUUUCAGCACCUGAAGUUGCCCGGCCCUACAAUUCUUUGCCCCUUGAAUGGUUAUGCUGCUUGGCAACUGGCAAUUAGGAGAAAUACCUGUCCAAUAUCAGUGCUCAUCUAUGCUGAGUAAGGCAGGUCAGCUGCGGGAUUAUCCCACCCCUUGGUCUGCAGGGAUGGAGCAGAAGAGGUGGCUCGUGUUGGCUCUGGCACUGCUUCUGGCUAUCCCUUUCUCAGGUUCUGUUUUUCCAGGUGCAUCUCAGUGGGUCCCUGCCUCCUGGAUACAGCUCCCUUUAUUCCUUCUCACAUUGGCUGCUGGUGCUGUUCUGGUAUUUCGAGGAAGGAGAGUGGACUGCCAGGAAACUGUUUGGCUGAAGAACCACCAGCACCUCUACCAAAAGAUUCAGACUCUGCAGGAAGCUUUCUACAAUGAGCAGAAGUCCACACGGCGUGAUAUUCAGCUCCUCAGAACAGACCUGGAGAAUGAACUAGGAUUGACAAUAGAGGCAAAUACUACAAACACUCUGGAAUCCAUGUGGAAGAAGGACCUCCAUGAAGUGUCCCAACAAGUACAAACUCUGCAGAAAGCUUUUCAAAACAACCAGCUGUACACACAGCGUGACCUUCAGAUGAUCAGAACAGACCUGAAGGAUGAACUAGGAAGGACAGUAGAGGCAAAUGUCACAGGGAAUAUAGCAAACAUGUGGCAGAAGGACCUCCUGCAUCUCUCCCAACAAAUUCAAACUCUGAAGCAAACUUUCCAGAACAUGAAGGUUUCCAUACAGCGUGACCUUCAAAUGAUCAGAACAGACCUGGAGAACAAACUAGGAGGGACAGUGGAGGCAAAAACAAGCACCUUAGAAUCCAGGCUGGAGAAGGAUCACCAUGAAGCCUCCCAACAAAUACAAAUUCUGCAGGAAAAUUUCCAGAACAGAUAUGAGACCACACAGCAUGACCUUCAGAUGAUCAGAACAGACUUGCAGCAUCACCUAGCAAGGACAGUGGAGGCAAAUACAAGGACCAUGGAAUCCAUGUGGAAGAAGGACCUUCUGCAGCUCUCCCAACAAAUGCAAACUCUGCAGGAAGCAUUCCAGAACAUGGAGGGGUCCACACAGUGUGACCUGCAAAUGAUAAGAGCAGACAUGAAGAAUGAACUAGGAAGGAGAGUGAAGGAAAAUACUGCAAGGGUCUUGGAAUCCAUACGGCUGAUGGACAUCCAGCAGCUCUCCCAAGAAAUACAAACUCUGGAAAAAACUUUGCAGACCACACUGGGGUCCACAAAAUAUGACUUAGACCUUCCAGUCCUACGGUCCUACAAAGGAGAUGUCAUCCUGGAUGCUGACACAGCUCAUCCCAGAUUGGAAAUCUCUGCAGAUGGGAGGACAGUGAAAGAUACUGGUGUCAUCAGAUUCUUGCUCAGAAAUGAGAAGAGAUUUGAUUCCCAUCUGUUUGUGUUGGCAAAGGAAGGAUACACUUCUGGGAAACACUAUUGGGAAGUAAAUGUUGGGACAAGAAGAAACUGGGCCUUGGGUAUUGCCUGUGAAUCUGUGACUCGCAAAGGGACUUUGACUCUGUGUCCUGAGAAUGGCUUCUGGGUUAUUGCAUAUGUAGAUGGGCAAGAUUAUUUGGCCUGCACGAAUCCUUGGACCUGUCUGACUGUGACUGGCUAUUUGUCAAAGAUUGGGAUCUUCUUGGACAUCCCAGCCAAGAAGGUUUCUUUUUAUGAUGUCUUUAAGGCAGUAGCAUUGUACACUUUGAGCAUUGCUGAUGGCAGCAUACAGGAAGGCAAAUUCCUUCCCUUCUUCUCUACAGGCCUUGCUGCUGCUGAGCCUGACACUGAGCCGCUAGCAAUAAUGCAGUUUUCUGAUGAUGAUGAGUAGUUUACUCUGCAUUUCAAAGGUCAAUACUGUGAUUGAAUCACAUUGUAAUCAGGCUGCUGAUUUGUGUCUUCUGAACAAAAGUACUGAAGGAGAGGGCAAAUCUAUCAUAGUGGUCAGCUUUCUAAAUUAUGCAUCAGAAUGAAAAGUUUUUUGAGGAAAAUUUUACAUUGUCAAGGGAAAUAAAUUUUCUUUUGUGAUAGUAUGAAAAAGUACUUCUUGUGUAUUGUGAAUUUUCCUGAAAAAUUACUGUCUUCGGAUGUUUUUUUUUUAUCUCAUACAAUUUUUUUUGUUUGUUUGUUUUGUGUCUGGGGUGGUCACUGACCCGACCCCCCGAGUCCCCCAGACUUUGGGAUCAUCAGGAUGAGUGAGAGCCAGACCAGGGUUUCCAGCGAGAGCUAGGGGCAGAGUGAGGGGCAGCUGCUUCCUUCUCGGCAAGCAUCUUGGCUGGCUGGACAGUUGGUUUCUCUGACUAGAGAUACUGUUGCUCUGUGAGUUUGGCCUGUUUAUUUUUGUUUCUUUUCCUUCCCAUGUUUUUUUUUUUGAUCAAUAUUGGUGUAUAUCCUGGAAGUUGCCCUUAGGCAUUCUGCAGAUGCAGUUAGAGUCUCAUGAGGUUCUUAUUUCACCUCAUAAAGUUUAGAACCAUUGAUUUGCCUUGGCACUGCGUGUUUAAAGCCAAAUAAUACCAAUUUUUGAUAUUAUCCCAGGAAAUCCUUCCCUUCCCUGGUAUUGGGGUCCCAAUGGGGGUCUAGGGAGGGAAAGUGCUCUUCAGGAGUUCCUGGUAGCCUGCCCUCUGUGUCUGUACUGUUCAUCUCCUUCCUAGUAGUUUGGAGUACUGUUUCUUUUUCUGUAGAAUUGACUAGAUUAUCUAGCAGAAUCUGUAUAUACAGUCAGUCUGGGUCUUGAGAAUGGUUUCUAAUAUUUUAGGUAGUCUCUCCAGACCUUCUCUAUAAAGAAGAGGCGAAGCAUCUCACCCAUGCCUCAAGAUCAAUUGGAAGAGAAUGGUAGGUACUUUUACCAUUACCAGGCCAUGAGAGACUUUCUGUUUACCCCAGGUUCACCCUAACACUGGCCACUCCUUUUGCAGUUUCAGAUGGUUUUCCAAAUAAAAGAAUAAAUCCACAUAAGGCAAUUAAUUCCAUUUCCCUCUCUCCCUCCCUAAACUAAGGUACUAUUCUCUGGGCACAUAGCCUGGAAUUUUAGCUGGUAUACUGGCCACCACUGAUGACAAUAUUGGAUUAGUCUCAGUUUACUUGGUGGGUCUCCUCCAAUCUGUUUCCAGUUUUUCAAUAAACAUUUCGAAGAAGAAUUGAAAUGUCUCCCUUUAGUUUUAGAAGAAACCGGUCCCAUUUUCAAUAGUUACAAAUAUACAAGCUAUUAUCUCUGAAAGUUAUAACGGUAUCUCCAGGUUUGUAACGGAAAGGGGAAUGGGGAAGAGAAAGACUGCUACAUCGGCAAUCACUAAAACUGACACAAGAGGGUGCUUCAAGUGCACAAAUGUGAUCUCAGCCAUGCACACAAAACUAAAGCAACUCCAAAACCCCAGCAAACACUCAAUCAUACUCCAACACUGUCUCAGCAAAUGAAUUUUUAUAUCACAGGCAUCCCCAUGUUGAUAUGCUGGAAAACUCAAAUCAACACAACACUCACAUGAAUACACUCUUAGAGUUCAAGAAGAAUGCAAAGAAUACAAAGGAAUUAACCAAACUGCACCACAAAAUCAGCUCCAGAUGAGGCCGGGGCUGGGUUUAAUUGUAAAUUGAGACCGGGUUUUUUUUCUUUCUUCAUUCCUCUGCCCAACUCAAGAUGGUGGCAGCCUGUGCUAUGAGACAGUGGAACAAUGAUUUUUCUUUAAACUAGGAGUUUAGCUUGAUACAAUGAUUUCCGAUACCUCCUGGAGACAACCUCUAACACCUUCUAGGAGAGCUGAACCCCUAAUACUUCUUGGGGACUUGAACCCCGGACAGGGAAAACUCUGACCUGCUGAGGUCAGCAACUCAAAUCUCCCCAUGAUAAGCUUAGCCAGGGACUCAAACCCUGUUUGCAGGGACUCAAACCCCCCUUACCAGUAACGCUGUGUGGAGAUCUACCUGGCUCUCCAAAAUACCGGAAUAAGACUCCUUACACUAAUUUGUUUUAAAGAGGUCUUAAUUUAUUCAAGCGUGAGGUUGCAUGAAGGAUACCUCUAGUCAUUUGUGCACAGACUAUUUUACAAGUGAGUGCACAUCACAAUUUACCCAUUACCAUUAAACCCACCCCAAGUUCCCAGAUUCAAUCUUUUGUUUUGUCUAUUACUACAUUCUUGAGCCAGAUAUCUUCUUCUUAUCUUCCAACUGUCCUUGCUGGAAAAACAAUUUUACAUGCCUAGUUUCUCUGCUGAAAGUUCACAGGCACAGUAAAAAUUACAUUAACC